UACGGUCGGGUCUCUAAUUUUUUAGGGAAGCUAUAAUAAAGCUCGAAAUCAUUUCACAGAGUACCUCAAUCACUCGGUCACACAAUUUUUCAUUCUCUCAUUCCCUCUCCGUAUUUACAUGCUCGGUCCUCUCUCUCAACUUGGCGAUUGUAUUUCGCGUAUAUAUGCAUGUGUGUGUGUGUGUGUUCUCUCUGUUUAGAUUUUUGUGCUCCUGAUAAGUGCGUCUCAAUGACCAAUUCGUAGUGUUUACUUAUCAUGUGAAUUUGUGUUUUAUCAUCGCGAUAGUUGCAUUAUGCAUGGUUUAGUUUGGAUGAUUUAUCCAUUUAAAAGGAAAACAAUCAUGUUCAGCUUGGUAUUUUUGUGAUUUAAGUUACGUGAAUUAGGCCCUUGGGCCUAACAUUGUGAAGUGGAAUUGUUUUCGUAAAAUCAGAUAAAAUGGCUGAUUUAGAAGCUGUUUUAGCUGAUGUCAGCUAUCUUAUGGCUAUGGAAAAAAGUAAAGGCACUCCUGCUGCAAGGGCAAGCAAGAAAAUAACGCUCCCAGAUCCCAGCGUUCGGAGUGUCAUGCACAAAUAUCUGGAGAAAAAGAAUGAAGUCAAUUUUGAUACGAUUUUUAAAGAAGUACUAGGUUUUCGAUUAUUUAAGGAAUUUUGUGAGUCCAUUCCCGAUGAGCCCAUCCCUCAGUUAAGCUUUUACGAACAGAUAAAGCAAUAUGAAAAAUUAGAAACUGUUGAAGAAAGAAUGAAAUUAGCAAAAGAAAUUUAUGAUAAUUAUAUUAUGAAAGAGUUACUAGCCAGUUCACACGAUUAUCCCAAAGAAGCUGUCACUCAUGUACAGAGUUUUUUAAUGAAAAAUGAAGUACCAGUUAAUUUAUUCGAGCCUUACAUUAAUGAAAUUUAUAAUCAUUUAAGAGGCGAACCUUUCAAAAAAUUUCUAGAAAGUGAUAAAUAUACACGAUUCUGCCAAUGGAAAAAUCUUGAAUUGAAUAUUCAGUUAACAAUGAAUGAUUUUAGUGUUCAUCGAAUAAUUGGCCGAGGUGGUUUUGGUGAAGUUUAUGGUUGCCGUAAAGCAGACACGGGUAAAAUGUAUGCAAUGAAAUGUUUGGAUAAGAAACGGAUUAAAAUGAAACAGGGUGAAACUCUUGCUUUAAAUGAAAGGAUCAUGUUAUCUCUAGUCAGCACAGGCGAGGAUUGUCCAUUCAUAGUCUGUAUGACCUAUGCUUUUCAUACGCCUGAUAAGUUAUGUUUUAUUCUUGAUUUAAUGAAUGGUGGGGAUCUUCACUACCAUUUAUCCCAACACGGUGUGUUUAAUGAACAAGAAAUGAAGUUUUAUGCUGCCGAAGUAAUUUUAGGUUUAGAACAUAUGCAUAAGAGAUACAUCGUCUACAGAGAUUUGAAACCUGCCAAUAUUUUAUUAGAUGAACAUGGUCAUGUUAGAAUAUCAGAUCUUGGUCUUGCCUGUGAUUUUUCAAAGAAAAAGCCUCAUGCCAGUGUGGGAACUCAUGGUUAUAUGGCACCAGAAGUUUUAUCAAAAAAUACACCUUAUGAUUCUAGUGCAGAUUGGUUUUCGUUCGGUUGUAUGCUUUACAAACUUUUAAAAGGGCACAGUCCCUUUAGACAACAUAAAACUAAAGACAAACAUGAAAUAGAUCGUAUGACUCUAACAAUGAAUGUCGAACUGCCUGAUUCCUUUUCUAAAGAAUUGAGAAAUCUCCUAGAAUCACUUUUACAGAGAGACAUUGAUAAACGACUAGGCUGUCGAGGAUCUGGAGCCGAGGAAGUCAAGCAGCAUGCAUUUUUCGCCGGUAUGGACUGGCAUCAAGUUUAUGUUCAAAAAUAUACACCGCCCCUAAUACCACCAAGGGGGGAAGUGAAUGCAGCCGAUGCUUUUGACAUUGGAUCCUUUGAUGAGGAAGACACCAAGGGCAUCAAGUUAACUGACGCAGACCAAGAGUUGUACAAGAAUUUUCCUCUUGUGGUGUCUGAGAGAUGGCAGAAUGAAAUAGCAGAAACAGUUUUUGAUGCUAUCAAUCAAGAAGCAGACAAAAUGGAACAGAAAAAGAAGGCUAAACAGAAGCAGAGAUUUGAUACUGAUGAAAAAGAGUCAGAUUGCAUAUUACAUGGAUACAUAAAAAAAUUAGGUGGACCUUUUGCUUCAGCAUGGCAGACUCGAUACGCAAAACUUUAUCCAAAUAGGUUAGAACUCCAUCCUGAAUCCAUGUCAUUAAAACCAGAAUUAGUUUUCAUGGAUCAAUUAGAAGAAGUAUCAGCAGACUUAGUGACAGUAAAAAAUGAGCAAUGUAUAGUCUUAAAAACGAAAGAUGCCAAAAUUGUACUGACUAAUUCGGAUGAAAUUGGAUUAAAAGAAUGGGCGUUAUCUCUAAGAUCUGCUCACAAAUGUUCGUUAGAGCUCUUGGGUAAUAUGGCAAAGAAAGCUGGUAAAAUUUAUGGAACAGAGUUGGAUUCAGUAAUCGCACCUAGAUCAACCAAUGGAAACUGAGCGAGGCUAGAAGUGUUACUCCUACCCUCCUUGAUGAUUAGUUUCCAUUCUUCUAUGCAUUACAGAAGUCUGAAAAAUAACGAAACUGAGAAAUGUUCGACCCAGGAAAAAAUAUUUCACAUAAUUAAUAGGAAAUUUUUUAUCCUCUCUUUUUUUUCAUAAUUGUGAUUUUAAGUAUUAAGUUUUAACUCUUUGUAUUAUCAUUAUCAUGGUUAUAAUUUUUAUUUUUAUUACUAAUAAGCUUUUCCUUCUCUUUUUUACGAUUUAUACUUUACUUAAUUUUUCAGCUGUUAAUUUUUUGAGGAAGUAGCCGCACGUCUUAUCGUGUAUCUAUUCUUUCCUCAAAGGAGUUUGUCUCUGAGCAUACAGUAUUUUAGUUAACUGCAUUUCUGUUGUCGGUAAUCAAAUUUUUUUACCUAAUCUUCUCAAUCACUUUUUACUGUAGUGUUUCUUCAUUCAUCAAACCAACUCAUAGCUUAGUUUUGAACGAUACUGUCUACUUUACAAGUAAACUUAAAUGAUCAUCACAUUUGAUGGUCGCAUCUGUGAUAGUGAAUUUGCUAUAUUUUUGAGAGAAUUUUCAGGUCGGUCAUGCUCUCAAUUUUCCAUCUUAUUUCAGAUCUCUUAUUUAAUGUUGGAAAAACAUCAUGCAGACAACAACAAACAUGAAAAUUUUUCAAAUUUGCUCCAAAUUGGAGUUAAUAUCUUGUCUCUCUUGCCCUUAAGUUUUAGUUAUUCGUUAAAAAUAGUUUAUGAGAAUCAUAUUACCUCUGUUCAUGUGUCAAACUUGUUGCAUAAUCAUACACCACUGCAAUUUUCCCCCCUAUCUUCUCUCAAAGUGUAUAAUGAAUGGUUUAUUUGAAGAUUAAACAAUUCAUUUUCAUUUUACAUUUUGCCAAUUUUUUAGUUUUUAAUACAUAAACGGCCAAAUUUGCCCUUAUGAAUUAACAAAAUGCAUCUAAUUUACAAACAGAUGAAGAAGAAACUGUCCAUCUCACAGCAAUUCCAGUAAGACAUGAAAAUAUCAACAAGAUCAUCUGACUCAAUUUUUCUCUAUCUUUUGGCCAACUGCAUCCGGUAUUCUUGGUAAAUAAUCACGGUUUUUAAUAGCAUCAGAGAUGAAUCAUGAGUGUCAUUGGACAGAGUUGCUUUUUUGGCAACCCUUCAUUGUUGAAACAUACCUAUUUUAAGUGCCUUGAAUUGCAUCCCUUACUUUGGUGUUUAACACCCCUGUCAAAUCUUUAUUUUGCCUUCUUUAUUUUCGAUGGAAAUGAUGAGGAAAGGUUGACCAAAGUUCAAAACUGUCAUCUAGAUUAAUUUUGGCAAUCUAACCUCAUAGCUCAAAAGAAAGUUUUUCUUUUAUUUUACAAAUUUACACAAUUGUAAUUUAGCAUAAUCUAUGGAAGAGCCUGUCUCAGCCUUGCUGAACAUUUUAAUUCAACUGGUAGAGAUGUAGUUGUGACAAGGAAGUUUUUACUCUAUUCAGGAGGGUUGUCUAAAAAGUUAGUUUCUACCUUUUUUUUCUUUUUCUUGCAAUUAUCACAGCUUGGGCAAAUCCAUAAAAGCAGUAUUAUAGAUGGAUAAGCUUCUAAUGAAUUAAAGUUAUUAAAAUUUGCCCUCUUGGCGAUGAGAAAUCACAGUUUUUUUGUGCACACCUCUUUGCUCAAUGGUGCUAAAUCAUUGUGCUGGGAGCUUAGGCAUUACCAACGCAAUAAAAGGGAUUCGUAGUAAAUGAAAGAGCUAAAUGCAUGGCAUUUUACAUAAAAAUGACUAUGUCACCUCGUAUUUUUACAUAGUCUCUUUUGAUAACCAAGCAUUUUUGCCACUGUGAAAUCAGCUUGGUUGUGAUGCAAUGAUGGUUACCUAUGUCAUUUGUGACACUAGUGGUAUGUCUUGAUCGCUGUUCAUUGUGAACAGGUCUUUUAUGAAUGGAACCUGCGUCUUGGCGCUGUUUGCAUUCUCUUGCGUUGAAUUCUGUAAAUUUACUUCAAUUCCAAUUUAGACCCACAAAGCACCGAAGUGCACUCAAACUAACUAUGAUUUUUCAACACCCAAAAAUCCAAUUUUAAAAAACUUUAGCUUGUUGGAAACCCAAGGAUACUAAUUUUAAGCCAGAUUUGCUUUAACUGUAUUUUUUGUUGUACAGAAAUAAUUUAGAGGGACUAACUUUUGAAACAACUCUCAUAAACUCUUGAAUGGAAAACAUUCGAAAAAUAUCCAGUUUCCAAAUUCCAACUUCAAUACCAGUGGCAUUCAACAUCAGGUAUUUUUUGACGGUUAAUUCUUACUUUUACAAAUUCUCAAUAGUCAUUAAUAUAAAAUUCAAGAAUAUCCUAAAAUGUCUAACAGAUAGAUAGAAAAUGUCAUUUUUCAUGUAAAAUCCCCCCUUGUUUCUUCCAAAAAUAGUCCUAAUCAUUAGAGAACCUGAAUUGAGAAACCUAGUUCGCAGAUUCAUUCAAUUUGCUAGAGGCCCAAUCAUUGUUUAGUUUUACCAAGAUUACUGCAUUUACUCCUGACUGUGUGAACUUAUUCUUUUUUAUCAGUCACUUAAGUUGGAUUAUCCAUGCAAGGAUCAGAACUUUAAUUUUUUUACUGUGAUCUUUUAACGACAGGAAGGUAAAAUUUUAAAUAGAUUGGCCCAAUUUGAAUGUAUUUUACUUGUAGCAAUCAAGCAUAAUUACUGUUUAAAAGUUCAAGAAGUGUCUAGCUGUUCAAGAAAAAACCAUUGUUAUUUUUUGUCUUAGUUUGUAAAGAGCUGUUCAAGAGAAUCCCGGAUAGUGAAAUUGCAAAAAUGCCUAUCUCGUUUGUUGUGUUCCAAAAUCUCCUCGUUCAUUUUAUUUUAUCCAAGGAGGACGAACCAACAACUUGAAAUUUGCAUAGAGUACUCCUCAUACAAAGAGGACAAACAGGAAAGUUUUAGAAAAUUCAGGGUUGGUAUUUUUCUUUAUAGAAAAUGAAUCAUGACACGAAGUCUGUAACGCAGAAAACUGAGAUAAGCGCUUUUGCAGUUCCAUUCUCGUCCAGUAUCUUCAGGUUUUUUCAGAUGGUUACAGAGACUCAUCUGUAAUCUAUAUUUUGUAAUUUUCUUAAUUCCUAAAUCAGCAAAAUUUUAAGACCUAUGAAAAACAGUGAACCUAUCUUUGAAACAGAUGUUUCCUCAUUAACAAGGGGCCUGAGUUAAAAAGAUAUAUUCUUUUACAGUUGAUAAAUAAUGAUUUUUGUAUUAACUAUUAAUACAAAUAAUUUCUUUUUCGUAUGAUCGAUUUGGGAGAGCUUCCUACUAAUUAAUGCACAAUGGAGAGAAUAAUCUAACUUUAGUUCUGAAUUUUGUUUUUUUUUUGUUUUGUUUGAAAAACUUUAUUCAUUUCUAAUCCACUGCUAAAAUAACUUAAAGUUUUUAAUUUCUUAAGUCUAUUAAUCACACAAAUUCAUUUUUCCAUUCACCAAUUUUCUUUUUAAUAUAUCCAAAGCUUUUUCCAUGUUCUAUUAUGAUGGUUGGCUUCUAAUGUAAUAGAUCUGAAGGUUUCCUUGAAAAUUAUAAAUCCAUCUUGUGCAAUGCACACAUUAAAAAAAACACAACUUUGGUUAUUUCACCAAUAUUUGCUUUAUAAUUAUUAUUUGCACCUAUAAAUUUUCAUGUAGGCCAAUAAAUCAAGUUUAGACUAAAAGCUCGAUUUUUCGGGAAUUUUCAAGAUAGCCCCUACUUACAUGUAUUUAACGUAAGGCAAACUUGCGUAUGUACCAUGUGAUGCCUUGAUGUCACAUACUUUAGAGGUGAGGGAAAGGAUCCGUUUCAAAUCUCUUUUGACUUUAGGGAGUUUUUUCUCCAAGUUACUAUGACUGGAAAUUUUGUUAAAAAUGUCUCAAAAAACCUCAAAGUUUCAGAAAGUGAAUUUAAAAAAUUUCAUGUAACCCGAGGUAAUAAGAAAAGAAAAGGUGGAAAAAAAUUGCCAAUAGUGGCUGCUAUUCCUAACAAACAGUUUGUAUUACCCAAGUACAAAAUUCAAUUUUAUGCAAAUAAUUCAGGAAAUUCCUUAUUGCAAAAAAAAAAAAAAAAAUCCGCAGUAAAAAUGUCUUAUAUCAAACGUUUCAGUCUUGAGUGACCAGUCUUACGUGAAAAUGGAUUCCAUUAAUUUGUGAAGUAUAAAUUAACUAUGAAAAGUCAGUGGAUGGUGCAAAAUUUCAGGUGCGCAAAUUUUCCUCAAGUUCUGAAAAGAUAAAAAAAAUUUAUUGUUCUCUUUUUUAAGUUGAUGUACUUUAAAAAUAUUUAUUUUUCGUUGGGAUGUGGAAUAAUAUGGAUGCAAUAAAUUAAACAAAUAUUACUCUUUUUUAAACUGCUUUUACCUCAUAUUUUGCAAUAGUGGAGAAAUUUUCAACGAAUAGGUACAUACAUUAAUUAAUUUAUUUAUUUAUUUAUUAAUUUAUUUUACUUUUUUAUUUAUCCUCUUUGAUCCUUAAAUUUAAUUUAAAACUGUUUUAUGUGAUUUAUUGCUGUUUUAUUAGCAAGGGUGUUUUACUCAAUUAUUUGUUAUUGUCAUCUCUGUUUAAUUGUUCACUCAGUGGCAGAUAUUCGUAGAUGGCCUUAGUUUAAAACUUUAGCCAAAAUUUUUAUGUCUGGUUCUUAAAAUAACCUCAACUCUCUCAGUUGCUUUUUUCUUGUUUCUAUAUCCUCUCAGAUCAUAAAAGAAAUAGAUUGCUCUCUGCUGAGUUACUGUUUCUCUCAGAAAAAUGCCCCAUUACUUAUCUUUUGUUUCAUAGGACUCCGUUUGUAGAUUGAAUGAUAAUUUGUCUAGUUUACCCCAUGGAUGCAAGGAAUUCAAAACACAGGCAUCCAAAGCAGUUUGAAAUCCUAUGUUUCUUCCUCACCGUCUCAGGUGCCUCUAAUUUUUUUGUCACCUGACAAACCUAAAAGCCUCAGUUUCUAUUCGUGGAGUUUAUAAUUUCCUCUCAAUCCUAAGAUUUUUUCACGCUUUCCGCAUUUUGCUUAUCGCAAGGUACAACAUUUUUGGCACCUUUGGUAUACCCAAAAAACUGACUUUUUCGGCAAUCAGUCGAGCAUUUUACAAAAAAAUUCAGUUUUCUUUAGUUUCUGCAUUUAACCUCCCAUUAUUUGAAAAAAUCUGGUAAUCUGAUGAAAAGUAGGACCUCCAGUACUGCCGUGCUAUGAUAGAAUACCUUAUGAGCCUUCAGAUGCCGCAUAAUUCCUUUGCUUAAAUAACAGGUUUCUGGGGAAACGUAUUCUCUUUCCAAUUUUACAGAGAAUCUAAUUGCAAUCUAAAUCUAAUGGAGCUUGGAACUUCAAGGGAGAUUAUUCAUAACUUUCGUAAAAAAUAAAUAUUCUACUGGGAGAAAUUUGGCAUUAUCCUAAUAAUCAUACAAUGGUUUUCCUCAACAUGAUAGAAUAGGUUUGAGUCAUUGUCAAGAGGGAGGCUGUGUAUACUGAGAAAAAAGAAAAUUGGCAUUCUUCUGAUCAAUCUUCUGCCAAGAUGCUAUUUUUCAAUUGCUUCAUGCCGCAUCUUCAUUCGCAAAGUUUUUAUCUUCCUGUUUUAUUUACACAUUGUGUAAUGUGUAGUAAUUUGGUGCUACUUUGGGGCUGGUCUGAGUUUAGUAAGUAGAAUCAAGGUUGGAAUCAAAGUGUCUCGCCUAUUUGGUACACCCUGAACAAGUAUAAGUUUUAUGUAGGGCCGUUAUUUGAUUUUUUAUCGAUUUUAACCAUCAAAACAAACAAUACAAUAUCAAAACUAAAAAUUUAUGUCAGAUUUAAAAAUUUUUUUUAAAUUUUUAAAAUCUUAGAGGACUACUUUACCUUUGUAACACAUUCAUGUCAAGAAAAGACAACAUUUCAACAUACAUUUCAUCAUUGCGUAUGAUAGGGUAAUAUCUCAGUACCUCUAGGUUGCGAGUUCAUUUCCAGAAAUUUAGUUCAUUCCGAGUGUUUUCCUUAAGUCAGCUUUAUAUGUCAUGAAAUCCAAGCCAAGUGUACAAUAUUUUUCUCUCUCAAAAUGUCCAAAGCCUCUAACUUCCUUAAAUGGUGGACUUUCCCUUUAGCUACAAAUCAAGUUUGCACUCAUGCCUUAUCUGAGAGAUUUACCUGUGAGAACGUAUGACACCAGAAGAAUUCCAACCUUGUAAAAAACCAGUCCCAGUAAAAAUAUUCCCCCUUUGAUCGGCUUAUUAUGUAAAAGGUCUGUGCAAUUGUGUCAAGUAUUAGCAGGCUAUUCAUCAUUGUGGCCGUAUUUUUUAGAGAAUAUUUGUAGGGUAGCAAAUACACCAAUGUUGUUGGUUCAUGUGUGUGAAAAAUCUAUCCUACUCAUCAAAUGCCGGACGGCUCACUAAUCUGCUUGAACCUACAUAAUUUUUAUGGUUGAUAGAACUGUGUAUUGUGUUUCAUGUCAUUGCGGAAGGUUUUUGUCCUGUAAACUAUACAGUCACAAUAUUCAGUUAACACAUUAUAUCUUGUGGCAUAAGCUCCUUUCAUCAGAAAAUGAUAUGGACUCCAUUCUGCAGUAGGGAAAUAAAAUUUUUGGCUCAUUUGACAAAAAUGGCAUUUGUGUCACUAAUUUCCCUAUGUGGAUCAGAGGCUGUUUUUUUGUUGGUGAGCCAAAAUUAGUAGUUCCUAAUUGCAAAAUAUAGUCCAAAUGAUCUAUUCAGUAUCCCUUUUCUGCAACUUCUAACUAUGAGAUGUGUUGAAGCUCUUUCACCUUGAAAUGAGUAUGUACUUACUUAUCUGUGUAAAAUUUUGACAGCUCUGCUCUCUUUUUGUGCAAAAAGAAACAUUUUUGAAUUCUUGCUUUCCAGUUACAAAUCUGUUGAAAUUAGUGGGAAGCAAUCAAAGCCUAGUUUUCAAUGAAUGUCUAAUUGUAAGCUUAUUAUGGCAAUAACAACGGACUUAUCUCAUCUUUUUUCUUCUCUCCACUGAACAUUAUUUGACAAUUAAUUUUUUUUUAUUAAAUUAAUUAGACCACAGUUUUCAAUGAUGUACUGAACGAUCCAUUUUGCUCAGUCUUCAUGCUUCAGUCUUUUUUAGUCGGAAGACAUGAAGAUCUAGACUUUUACCAUCCAUGGUCAUUCUGCUUAUUCUGCAAAUUACUUACUUAACUGCGUUAACUAACUGAGGUAAAUGGUAAGUGCCUUACAUUCAUUGAAUAACAGGUUUUCCAAGAAAAGACAAUUUUGCAAUGCCAUACGUAAUGUGUUGGAUCCCUCUGCUCAGUGUGAUGAACCAAUUCUGUUUCUUUACUUGUGCUUCGUGUCAAACGUAUCUUCUUUUGAAGUUUGUGAAAAAGAUAUUGUUUCACUAUCUUGCCUCUAAUUUUAAAUUUUUUCAACGACAAUCAAAUUGUAAAUUACUUAAAUUAGUCAAAUUUCAUGAAAAGUCUUGAAUGAUGAAAACAUUGGAAAUAAAAGUAAAUUUGAUGGAUUACUCAUGUACUAAAUGUAGGUAGCGAUUUCUCUUUCAGUAUUAAGCAAUAGGCCAAAUAUGUCGUAUUUGACCCUAAUUCCUCUUAUUUUUCUUUUUCAGUUUUAAGUGUCUAGUUCAAGUAUGAAUCAGUCGAUGUACAUUUAAGGAAAAAGUGAAAAGUUCUGUAUAGUAUAUUUGAUGUAUAGUAAACUGCUUUUCUUGUAAUUUUAUUAAGUUUAACAGAAACCUCAGUUAUUUCUUGAUUUUCAGUCGAGAAUGUUUGUAUAAAAAAUGUUCAUACUUCAGGUGCUGUUAUGAAGUGCACCUAAUGUAUUUGCUAUUGUGUGUGAGAAUGCUGGAAUGUAUGUUCUUCUAACCUCAGAAUAAGCAUUUUUUGGUGAACUUUUGCACCAUUGACCAAAAAUAAAAAUUCAUGAACUUGGAAGCUUUUUUGUGCUCAGUAUUAACCAGAUAUUACAGCUGACUCGAGCUUGUUCAAAAAGUUAUUCAUAGCAUGCAUGAAUGAUUUUUUAAGUGCAUGGUUGCCUUUUUGCCGGAACCAGUAAAGUGAUGUGAUUUUCAACUCACUAUAUUGACUCAGUCAAACUAUCUUGCUGAGUUAAAGUGCCAACAACAAAGUUAGAACCAUCAGUUUGAAGGCUUUCUAUCUUAAAUAUCAGCCCAACUUUAUUGCCAAUUGCCUAAUUUUCUGCACCAUUUAAUUUUUAAACUGAGACAACUGAGCAGCAUGAUGCGUUGAAAAUUUGUGUGAAUUUUCCAUGUAUGACAAAAAUUAUACCCACAUAUUUUCAAGGCAGAAAGUUGGUUAGCUCUCCCUUCAGAGAAUAAGUCAUGAGAGGAAAUCAGGUACCAUGUCAUGUAGUUAGGCUGUUUAAAUCAUUUAUUAACCAUAAAACCAUGACAUAGUCAAUCUUGAUCACUAUCACGAUCGUACGGGCAUAUUUCAUCAAAAUCAGCAAAUUUUUCAAUUUCUACCUCAAACAAGCAGUUUUUCUCUUUCGCAUAAAAAAAGUACCCGUAAGUACGUCUCGGCUUUCCUCCGAGUUAUGGGAUUCAAAUUGAUUUUACAUGAUUUUACAUUUACUUAAUCUCACAAAACACUAAAUUUUCUGCAUUAGCUGGGUCACUGCUCUAUUAAUGAGGAUGAGCUAACUCUUGCUCAACACUGAUCACUGUCCUUCUAAGAUUAUAGGAAACAACCAUUCAUGCAAGCUGGAAUAGGAUCAACAUGCUUUCAGUUCCCUUAUCAUAUCACUCACGACUAUUUGGGAUCCUUCGUCAAGCAUACAAUACAAUCAACAAUAAUAUAAACUGAUUUUCCUCUACUUAUGCCCGUUUACCAUCAAAUAUUCAAAAGUUGUUUCAUAAAUGAAGACAUUAAAUCAAUAGUGGGCUAAGUGCCAAAAAGUCAAGUUUCGGUUAUUCAACAUUUAUUUCCCACAGGUUGCCCGGCACAUACCACGUAUCGCUACCUACAGGGGCACUUUGCACACUACUAUCAUGGUCAUGGCACUCAGUCCGCUUCACAGGUUGCUGUCCUUGGUACAUAGAAUGCUAUUCAAGGUCUAACUCGAUUUGCAUUUUUUUGGCACUUAGCCUGUUAUUGAUUUAAGGUCUUCAAAUAGUAUUUGUGAUGGCUUGUUUUUACUUUCUUCACAACAACAAAAUUUCUUGGAAAGUAUUUCACUUUAUAGCUCUGAGGAUAGUAGCAUGAGUCAGCUCUAAUUGCAAUUAGUUUUCGAUCUAAUCGUUUGCUAUUCGACAUUCAGAAAACAGUUCAGCUACUACUAAUUGUGUAAUGUUUUUAAAAUUAUUUAUUCGAGGAUCAUCACUGCUGUUUGUCAAAACAUUUUAUCGUCAAGCACUUAGUUUUUUUUAAAAUGAAAGGUUUUUUUUUUCACUUUGAGAAACAUUGAGGCUUGAAAAAAUUAUUCUGUCCAACGCAGCCAUUAUAAAUACUUAAAAAGUAGGUUUGAGAUAAGUUAGUAGCAUCAUUACUACUGGAACACUACGGUAUAAUUCCAUCUCCAAGGCCUGUCAUGCAUAAUUCUUAAAAAAACGUGGAGCGAUCAGAAACGUUUCAUUUUAAGAACUAAGAACUAAGGGUGCUGGGUCAGAUUAUUAUAGAAGAGAUUGAAGUCUAAAAAUUCUUAAUUAAAGAAUGGAAUGAUCCUCUUUCUUAGAAAUUCAUCAAGUUUCAACAGAACCACUUUUAAGAAUGUUGUUUAAUAGGAAGACGAGAAUGUUAUUUUCAUCAUAACCUAUGCUAAAUUUAAUGAUCCCUACUAUCCUACAUAGAACUACAGUAAUACCCAGAUUAUCUGACCAUCAAUUAUCCGACGCUUCAGUCAUUCAAUGGUCAAAAUCAGGUCGGCAGACAUAACAACAACUGCUGUUUUAUGCAAAAAUUGAGUUUUUAUGUGAUUUUUUUUUUUUUUUCCAAUUUAAUGACCUUGUCUCACAAAUUUGACGGAAAACUGGUCAAGCUUGUGCUUUUUGCGACAAAUAGAGCCUUUUGGUUUGGUUUUUGACUAGGUACCCAACUUUUUCGAUAUCUGACUCAGCCCCUGCCACAAAUCGUCAAAUAAUGGGGGCAUAACUGUAGGUACUUAUAAUUUUUGCUGACCUUUCAAAAUGUAUGUUUUAUUUUUACUACUUUUUACUACUUUUUUGUUUUAUCAUUUUUCCUACUUUUGAUUGUAAUACAUGUGCACCCAGUUGUGACGCUGUCAUUUUCAAAUGAUGGAAAGCCCAAAUUAAGAGCUAGCCCAUGCUCUUAGAUGCACUCGCACUUCCCUCUCAUUGUUUGUAGAAACCAAGUUUAUUUGCAGAGAUUUGUAUUUAUAGGAAGAUUAUUGGAAUUGUAUCACUCAACUAGAACUAAGUCAAAUUUCUUGUAUCCAUUUCCCUUUGAGUUGUUGACUUUUAAGCCAUUUCUCUCCACAACUUUAUCAGAUCCAUGUAACUUUUUGUAACAUGAUCCCGUUCUCUAUUUUUCACAUGUCCCAAAAAUGUUCCAAUCUAUGUUUCAAAUUUAUUCAUAAUAUUAUCACCGCACAAUAUUUUGGAAAAUGAGCAAUCUGGUUUUAUUUAGUUCUUGUGUAAAUUUUUAAUGAAAAGCACAGGAACUGCAUUAAAGCUUUGAAACCGAGAUACCAAGACUCAUUCAGUUUUUUUUCUACCAAAAAAGUUCCUUCUCUUUCUAAAUUAUAUCAAUUUAAAGUACUUUGCAUUAUAUUUUGGCUCUCUACUCACUCUCUCUUCAUCUCACUCCUUUCUGGAUCCUUUUUACUCUUAUUAAUAUUAGAUGGCAGAUUUCGAAGAGACAUCUUUCCCUUUUUUGUCAGUAUCCAUUUGAACUUUAUACAAAUUUGAUACUUUUAUUGAAGCUCUUUUCUGAAUGCAAGUAUGGUUGUGUGUAUGCAUGUGUGAGUGUAUGUAAAUAAUUGCACAUGUUCAUGUUAUUCACACUCAUUAUUCUUUUUCAUUUAGAUAAACUGGAAACUGUAAAUAAUCAUUGUUGUGUAAUAAAGCUAGGAUAAACAUUUUAA